CAGGCAUGCUUAAUUCAAUUCAGAGUUACCGGUAGCCUGAACCUUUCCUAGGAACACUGAGUGCAUGGCAGGAAAAGGCCAGGAUACACAGGAGCCAAUUUUCAACUGCUAACCAACACAUCUUUGGGGAUGUGGGAGGAAACAUCUACACAGAUAUAGGGAGAGCAUGCAAACUCCACAAGAACAUUCAAGCCCACGCCACUGGGUCUGUGAAGCAGCUAUGCUAAACACUGUGGUACCGUGCCACUGGAAGUCGUUCAUCUAUGGUACAAUGGAUGAACUUAGCCAAGCCUUGGCAGGCAGCUUCUCCAUUUCUCAGGAGCUCAACAGCACAUCUGCUCCACACCCCCGUCUUUCUCAAUACAAAUCCAAAUACAGUGUACUGGAUCAAGAUGAACGCAGAAGAAAGUUCCUUGAGCUUCAGAAAUUGAAACGGUUAAAUUAUAUCAACCAUGCAAGGCAGCUGGCUGAUGGUAACUGGGAAGAGAAUGAGGAUGAAGAUCAUGACGAAGAUAAAAAAGUGCAAGAUGAGUCCACAAAUGAUGUGGAAAUGAAGCAAGAGAAAAAGCUGCCAAAACACUAUGGCAAUCAGCUGAUGCUGUCAGAAUGGCUCGUAGAUGUGCCCCAUGACUUGGCUUCGGAGUGGAUGAUGGUAGUCUGUCCUGUUGGAAAAAGGUGUCUUAUUGUAGCAUCUAAGGGGUCCACAGCAGCCUAUGCAAAAAACGGUUACUGUGUGAACAGAUUCCCUUCUGCAUUGCCAGGUGGAAGCCAUCACAAUUCGAAUAUGGGAAAAGAUUACACAAUUCUUGAUUGUAUCUACAAUGAUGUGGACAGAACAUACUACAUUUUAGACCUCAUGUGCUGGAGAGGGCAUCCAGUUUAUGACUGCCCGACUGAUUUUAGGUUCUAUUGGCUCCAGUCAAAGGUUCAAGAAGAAGAAGGAAAACUUGAAGAAAUAACUAAGAGUAAUCCGUUUCACUUUGUCAGACUUCAGAAUGUAUUGUGCACAUCAGAGGCCAUAUUCCAGGCCUUGGCUCAGAAGUACACUUUUCAGGUAGAUGGCAUCUUGUUCUACAACAAACAGACCCACUACACCCCUGGCAGUACGCCACUUGUCGGCUGGUUAAAGCCCUACAUGGUGGGAGAUAUCCUCGGCAUGGAGGUUCCAGCAGGCCUACUGACUGAAAAGCCUACUUAUGCUGACCACCAGCUACAGCGUAUUAUUACACACAAAAAAGGCUUGCAAACAUGUCAUGUGACUAAGGAUGGCGGCUAUGAACUGGAGCACCUGUCCACCCCAGAGGUGACAAGCAACACAGCGGAAAUGGAGACUUGACUGGUAGUUCUACCUCAUUUGUUACUAGGUGCUUUUUCUUUGCUGCCCUGAGUUUAUUGUAUUUUUAUUUGAACUGUUAAUAUUAAAGUGUAUGCUUUAUAUAG